GAAUACUACAAAGUAUAGCAUAAGUAGUAAUAUUGCGUAAGUAAUAAAUUCUGUCCUGCAUAAGGAUUUAUGUGACAUGGCACCAAUCACAGUUCAUAAUUUUUUAAUUUACACUCAAAAUUGUUAAGCUAAUAAAUUUUCGUCGCUAAUAAACAAUUGUGCGAUCACUUCUAAUUUAAGUGAGAACAUUGAUAAAAUUUGAUUUUAUAAAUAUUCGAGAUGUUUUAUAAUUAUCAACUGUGAAUCAAUUUCUUUUCAAAAUGGCAGAAAAUCUUUCCAAACGGCCCCCCAAGGGAAUUUUAAAAUCAUCUAGCUUUGAUAAACCGGAUUUACCCAGAUCAAACAAAGAAACAAAAUGGGAUGAAAUGAAUAUAAUUGCAACAUUGCAUCCACCAGGAAAAGAUUAUGGCCAUAUCAAGAUUGAUGAACCAAAAACUCCAUACAGCUAUGAAGGCCUGCCCGGUGAAUUUGAAUUUGAUGAAUUAGAUUCUGCUACAAUUGCUGCCAAAAUUUUAUACCAGGAUUGGCUUAAAUGAGGAAGCUAUCAAAUUUAAAUUAUGCAACUAUUCUCUACUAAGCUGCAGCAUCUCCAUGUAGGGUAUAACAUUGUUACAUACAUAAUGCUGAACUAUUGAUGUUGGAGUUGAAUAUUAAGAAUAAAAUGAGGGUAUGCAAAUGUAUGUAGAAAUUUGAUGUUGAUUUAUUCUUUUUAUUGGAAUAAAUCUUCAUUGUAAUUCUACACAAAAAGAGGUACUUGUGUGGAAAAUUGCUUCAAUUCCUCAGAAAAAUGUUAUUUAAAUUUCCAAAAUUCGGGUAAA